AUGAAAGAAAAGCAUAUGCCCACACCAUCGAUUGCUGAUUUUGAAAAUAUUGCACAAGAGUUCUAUGAAAAUUGGAAUUUUCCAAAUUGUGUUGGAAGUUUAGACGGAAAACAUAUCCGUAUGAAAUGUCCGAAAAACUCCGGUAGUAUGUUUUUCAAUUAUAAACAGGUUUUUUCUAUUGUUUUAAUGGCUGUGGCAGACGCAAAUUAUAAAUUUAUUAUGAUUGAUGUCGGAGCUUAUGGGAAAGAUAGCGAUGGAGGUAUAUUAUCUAAUUCCAAUAUUUUAAAACGACUUGAAAAUAAAACUUUGAAACUACCCUAUCCUAAAAAACUACCAWAUUCAAAUGUAACUGGUCCAUAUACUUUCAUUGMUGAUGAAGCAUUUCCUUUGCGAACAUACAUGAUGCGACCAUACCCAAGRAGGUUAUUGAACGAUGAAAAUAAAAGUUACUUCAACUAUAGACUUUCCAGAGCACGAAUGACAAUAGAAUGUGCUUUCGGUAUAGCAGCAGCAAAAUUUAGAAUUUUGCAGAAGUCAAUAGAGACAAAAGUGGAAAACGCUGACCACAUUGUAAAAGCAAUAUGUAUGCUGCACAAUGUAUGUAUCGAUUUGGAAAAGAUAAGAGUUACAGAAAAUUAUAAUAURCACUCAGAUAUAUCAAGUCAAAUAAAUAAUUUAUCCGGCGAUUUAACCCUUGUAUCCAGUAUUUUAUAUUAUAACUUAAGUUUAAUUUAA